UUUAACCAGGUGUUAUCAACUGUCUGUUCCAAAGAAUGGACCCUGGCUCUUCAUCAGAUCCUGCUCCUCCUCCUCAUCGUGGGGAAGUGGCUCCUCCCGCUGGGAGGUGGAGUCACGCGUGAGGAGCUCUCGCAGCUUCUCCUAAUUUUUGUUGGCACUGCAGCAGACAUCCUCGAAUUUAGCAGUGAGACGCUGUCAGAUGUCAAAGAGGACAAUCAUCAGCUGGUCUACAUCGUCUUAGCUGUAUGGACUUGGAGCAUGCUGCAGUUCCCCCUACAUGUGUCUGUGGUGAAAUCCAAUCCAGACAGUGAGGGUGAGCAGGAGGCCAGCGAGGUGUCCCUCUUGUCUAAGUACAGCACGGACAUCUGGAGCAUCGUGGAGGCCUCGUUUAUCCAAGACGGGCCUUUCCUGGUGGUCAGGUUGACCGUCAUGACCUACUUCAACGUCUUCCACCAAAUGCUGGUGUUCUUCACUGUUAAGAACUUCCUGGUGAUCAUACUGAACUUGUACAGGUUGGUUGGUAUAUGUCAGGAAUGGCGGAGAGCUGGCCGGGGCAGCGCCGUCCCCUGUGUUUGA